AUGACAACCGUAUUCCUCUGUCGCCGUUUGAUAACUUCAACUGUACUGAGAUCAAAUAAUGGAGUUGCUUUAGUAGUGUCACAGAGAACUGCAGCAACAUUAGACGGACGUACAGCAGCUGACAAAUCCGGCACAAGUGGAACAGUAAAGGUACCAGUUAGCCCGAGUGUUGGCACUGGGGGUCCAAUUCGUUCAUCAAUUGAUACAAAUUAUUCAAAGACUUUGUUAUGGGGUAGUGCAACUUUAGUUUUUGGUGGCUUAGCUUACUACAUUUAUCGUACAUCAAUUUCUGGUAAAGAGAAUGCUGAUGGUAAAGGCGGCAAUGAUAAAAAACAAUCUGAUGAGAACCAGCCAGAGCAGCAGAAAGCCAAAGCUCAAGCUGAGCAGGUACUCACGAUGCACGGCGAAAAGAUGCCUGAGACGCAAGAUGACAAGCAGAAGCAGACCGAUAACAAACAAGGUGACGAGAAGAAGCAACCUGAGAAGAAAGACGAUGAAAAUAAAGACCAGAACAAACAGGGUGGUGAGAAGAAGCAACAGCAAGACAAUAAAGAAGGCGAGAAGAAGCAACCUGAGAAGAAAGACGAUGGAAAUAAAGAUCAGAACAAACAAGGUGGCGAGAAGAAGCAACCUGAGAAGAAAGACGAUGAAAAUAAAGACCAGAUGAAACAAGGUGGUGAGAAGCAGCAAACUGAGAAGAAAGACGAUGGAAAUAAAGAUCAGAACAAACAAGGUGGCGAGAAGCAGCAACCUGAGAAGAAAGAGACCAAUAAAGGUGAUGAGAAAGGCGAUGGAAGUAAAAAAGAUCAGAACAAAAAAUAA